AAAAUUAGAAAUCCAUCACCUCCUAUUCCUUCCUGUUCCAAUAAGAACCAAAAACUGUUCAAAAAAAAAAAAAGAACCAAACUGAACCUAAUUUUGCUCCCUUCACACCAAAGUUUCGUCCUUUAUCUCUUGCGAUCAAUGUCAAAUUUGUACUAUACUCAUGGAUGAGAAACCAAGAUGAAAAGGUCUGAGAAUGACAAAAGCAAUUUGGUGGGAAGUAGUUCUGAGCAAGAGAGCCACAUCCAUAAGAAAAAGGGGAGGAAAGAUAUUGAAGUGAUGGAUGGUAAUGUUGCUGAUAGUGAAGAGGUGCAUGUCUUUGAUGAGAAGCAACAAAGCAAGAUGAAGAAAAGAAAAAAUUAUGAUGAUGUUUUACCAACUGGAAUACGGGAAGUGGGUUCUUCGAAACGGAGCAAAAAAGGCAAAAUGACAGAGGAUGGUGAGUUAAAAAACAGUGAAGGUGGUCAUAGAACUGAAGAGGAAGAUGAUGACCAAGGUCAGAAGAUGGAGAAGAAGAAGAAGGAACUGAGUGAAGAAAGCCAACACAAUGAAUAUGAUGGGUUUAAGAGUAAUGAAGGUGGAGAUGAUGACCAAGGGAAGAAGAUGAAGAAGAAAAAUAAGAAGAAACUGAGUGAAGAAAGCCAACAAAAUGAGUGUGAUAGGUUUAAAAGCAAUGAAGGUGAAGAUGAUGACCAAGGGAAGAAGAUGAAGAAGAAUAAGAAGAAAAAACUAAUUGAAGAAAGCAAAAGUAAGGAAGAGGAUAACAAGUUUAGAAGCAAUGAAGGUGAAGAUGGUGACCAAGGCAAGAUGAUGAAGAAAAAGAAACUGAGGGACAAGAGAAAAAAUAAGAACAGUGAGUUUAACAGCAAUGGAGGUGGUUCCUCUUCGGCUAGAGUCAAGGCAGGUGAUGCUAAUGCUCACGGUGUUGUCACUGCAGUUGGUGAUCAAAGCAAGAAUAUGAAGACAAAAAAGAAAGCCAAGGAAGAUACUGGUGAAUCUUCUAACCCUGCAGCAUAUGAUGGAACAUCCAAACCCAAACGUGUAACUUUUUCUGAUCAAGUGGAGGUUUGUGAUGAUAUUUUAGUGCGUGGGAAAAGGUUUACACCAGAAGAAGAUGAGAAGAUCAAAGAGGCUGUUUUUGACUAUAUAGAGUCUCAUGGUUUGGGAGAUGAAGGUCUAGACAUGAUUCUCCAUUGCAAAUCACAUCCUGAAGUUAGAGAUUGUUGGAAGGAAAUUGGAGCAGUCUUGCCUAAGAGGCCUCAUAUCAGCGUGUAUUAUCGUGCUCAUAUUCUGUUCGAAAGGGAUGAGACGCGCAAGUGGACACCAGAUGAGUUUGAAGUUUUACGAAAGCUACAGAAUCAGCAUGGAUCUGAUUGGAAAAAAAUAGCUGGAGUUUUAGGUAAACAUCCUGUUCAUGUUAAGGAUGCAUGGCGGAGAAUAAGGCAAACCGAUACAAACAAAGGACGUUGGACCCAAGAUGAGUAUCAACAGUUAUUUGAUUUAGUAAACAAAGAUCUACGCGCAAGAGCUGCAGAGGAAUGUAGAAAAUCAAAACAUGGUAUGUUGCGAGAUAAUGUUAGUUGGGAGGCAAUCAGUAACAAAUUCGGUGCGAGAAAUGGUGCACGGUGCUGCCUAAAGUGGUAUAAGCAAUUAACAUCACCUAUGGUUGCUGAUGGUGUGUGGAGUGAUACAGAUGACUACCGCCUGCUAAAUGCUUUAUAUACUUUGGAUGCUUACUCAAUGGAAGAGGUGGACUGGGACAAUCUGCUUGAGCACAGGUCUGGUGAUAUGAGCCGAAAAAGAUGGAACCAAAUGGUGCAAUAUAUUGGGCAACAUGGAACAAAGUCAUUUGCUGAGCAGGUGGAAAUUCUUGCUAAGAGAUUUUGCCCUGACUUAUUGGAAGCAAGAGAGGCCUUUGAUAGCAAACCUGUGGUUGGUUAAUGUUAUGAUCCUGUAGUAUGAUUUUCCCUGGGGUGAAGUGAUUUUGUACAACUGGAGUGUGUUCUCAUGGUUAUGAUGUUUUUGUGUGACCAUGCAAACCUUUAACUGGAUUGUGUUGGAACUUUAGGGUGGGUUUAUAGUAGUGUUUACUUGUUAUAAAAUACUAAUCCUGCUCACUGUGA